GCUCAGUUCUGCGGAUGAGGGGAAGAGGAGUUUAGGGAAAUUGGCCUUUAGAGCUGAUUUCUAGCCAAAGAUCUGUCUCACUAAUUGAGAACUGACCUUAAACACAGCCAAGGAUCAAGUUCUUGUUGGUUAAUAUUCAACCCUGGCAGCUUCUCGCUGUGCCUGAAGGGGGAUUUGCAAAUGGCACUUUAGAUUUCGGGAGCAGCCAGACACUCUGAACAUGGGCAGCAGUCCGAGCCGAGGGAAGAAAGUCGCUCCUGCGUGUGUCAGCGAGGUGACCGUGACCAAAACAACCGCCGGGGUCCCGUCUCCCAAACAGGACAGCCGCAUAUUCAAGCCCCUGAAGAUCCACGCGGCUUUAAGGAACGCGCGCAACCGUGCGCAACAGGACUGCCACAGCCAGGGGCCCGACUCAGACUACUCCGGGGAGGACGAGGACAUCGAUGCUGAGCUGGACACGGUCCUCGCGGACUACGAGGAGCGAGAGAGGACCAAGGUGAAGAAACCACCUCCAAAGAAGACUUUUGUGAAAUCCAAAACGUACGGACUGUGCCACCUCGGCCGGGAGGACACGGAGGACGAGGUGAGCGCGGCUCCUCGGCUCAGCGCGUCGGGAGGAUCCGAGGAGCCACGUGUCCCUCGCGGAGGAGCUGAAGAUGUAAACAAGAGGAGCAAGGAUGCUUUCACGCACAAAACACACACAGUGUGCACCAGUCAGCACAAUUCCUCUUCCUCCUCACGGGGCUUUUUGACAAGAGGGUCUCAGCUGGACUCUGUGCCCACAUCAGAAAAACAAUUGACUUUUGGCAGCUGCCACAGCUCCUCUCUCACCAUGCCAGUCAUCCCGUACGAUGGAUCUGAAGAGGAGCUGAUGGACACUAUUGAGCGAGAGUUUAGUUGACCCCCCCAGCUGAGGAGCUAGUGUCCCCGGGAUUAUGUCUUUAUAUGGGAUACAACAGUUUGAGAGAGGGAACCAGGGUUGAAUCAGACAAACUCUCUGCGACACAGGGAAGGCUAUACACUUCACUCCAUGCAGGGUUUCCUGGGUAAAUUUAAACGCACACGGCUGAACUCCUUUGGAUUUACACAAGUCUUACUUAACAACAAGAGACAGUGUGAUUCCAGAGUUAUCACAGCAGCAGCCUGAGCAGAUGCCUGGAGGUUUGUCCUCUCAGAGCUGUUGACUGACAGAGGCCUGCCUGGUUUGUUGUCUGCCGUGGUGAGGUUUCACCCUCUCAGCCCCGCCGACCUCCCACAGAGCACGCACCUUAUUACUAAACCUUACUUUAACUUGUCUGUUAAUAAGUGAGGGAGUGAACACAGACUUUUCUCUAAAUGCCGGACCUGCACUUCUGCACAUUUAGGCCCAUUCCUAAGGGCGUUGUAUAUGCAAAGAUAACAUUUUUCCACCAGCAGCCCAUUAUAAGGCUAUAUGUUCUUGUGAGUGGCAGCAACCGUGCAGAGGUAUGAGCCGACAUUGUUUAUUUAAAGGUUUUCCUUCCUGACCACAGUUCCUGCUUUUUUCUCCACCCUGAAGAAGAAGGAAUGUGUGGCAACACAGACUUUGAGUCAGACCCAGUUUGACACAUCCAAGCACAGGGGCCUGCUGCCGCCUAGUGGUGGAACCGAGUAGCUGACGUGCUUGAAAGAUUCUGUAAAUUCUUCAUCAACAAAACUUGUCACUGUUCAAGGAAAAGUAUAUUUCAACCAGGAUGGAUUUUGUAAUUUUUUGGUUUAUAUUGCAAUUAAAAAUUUACUAGAUCAUGUGA